UGUCAUUCGAAACGAAGCAGAGCUGCUGCGGGAUGCGGAUAUGAGGACAAAGAUUGCACCUGAAAUCAAACGCUAUGUGACGACGGCUAGCUUUCUGAUAAAAUUCAUGUUUACAUUCUCCUGAAUUUGUCAAAACAAUGAAACUACGCAACUUCCGGAAUCUCAUUCGCCGAGUAGCUUUCCCCAGCUAGCUAUGCUUCAUAGAAAAUAUGACGAAGUCAGCAGUGACUGUCUCGUAGCAGCGACAAUGCUCAGGCCUGUCAUAACCGGCUCUUUCAGAUUUUCUCCGUCACAUCAAUGACUAUGGAUGUCAGAGCAGUUCUGGAGUUCGCCACAGUCACCAGGGGUCUGUCACUGUUUUUACAGGCUGUUUUAAAUGCUCUCAUCCCUGACCAUGAUGCUGAUGCGUUCAGGCCCCCACGGACAGAGGAGCAUCUGUACUUGGACUCUGCAGUGGAGUGGUUAUUAGGUGGCCUCUCUCACUGGGAUGCUGAGCAUUUCCUCUUCAUCGCUGAGAGAGGAUACCUCUAUGAGCACAACUUUGCUUUUUUCCCCCUCUUCCCUGUCAUCCUGCGAGGCCUGGCAGAGACGCUGCUGUGGCCCCUGAGCAGCUGGCUGAGUGUGCGUGGGCGUCUGCUGGUGGCUGUUGCUCUGGGAAACAGUGCCCUCUUCCUGUUGAGCGUGGUCGCCCUGUAUGCGCUCAGCAGGAUAGUUCUCCAGGACAGACGUCUCGCUCUGCUCUCCACCCUGCUCUACUGCAUCACACCCGCCAAUGUUUUCAUGACAGCUGCAUACUCAGAGAGCUUGUUUGCUGCGCUCACAUUCGGUGGUCUGUUCCUCCUGGAGAAAGGAUUCACCUUCCGAGCCUGCCUGGCUCUCAGUAUAGCCACUGCAGCACGAUCUAACGGACUUGUUAACAUAGGGUUUCUACUGUAUCUUCCAUCACUGCACGCUAUUUCCCAAAUCCGUGUAUACCGAGCAACAACAAAAGGCCACAGUAAAGUCUUCCACUAUAUUUGGGCCAUCAUCCGUCUCCUGCUCACCUCCAUCUUGGGAACUGCAAUUAUUGCCCUUCCCUUCUGUGCUUUCCAGUACUAUGGGUACAGGACGUUUUGCACCCCGUCUGUCUCCUUAGAACGCAUCUCCCCUGCUCUUCUCUCUCUGGGUGAACUGAAGGGCUACCGGGUUCCAGAUGAAAAUGGUCCACCGCCCCUCUGGUGCAUGAGACCUCUCCCCCUGCUGUAUUCUCAUAUCCAGGAUGUUUAUUGGGAUGUGGGAUUCCUCCGCUACUUUGAGCUAAAGCAGAUACCAAACUUCAUUCUGGCUCUACCUAUGGCUACCCUCGGCAUAAUGGCAGCUUACGCAUAUUUCCAAGCCAAUCCAGAACUGUGUCUGAGACUCGGACUUUGGGAGACAGGUGCAAAUAAAGGGCUUGACAAACCCUUACCGGGAAUGUUCAACCCCAGAGUGUUUGUGUAUGUUGUACAUUCAACAGUGCUCCUGGUGUUUGGAACCUUGUGCAUGCAUGUACAGGUCCUAACCAGAUUCAUGGCUUCCUCGUCUCCCGUGCCCUUCUGGAUAAGUGCUCACCUGCUCCUCCUUAAUGAACCACUCCUUCAUCGAAGGAAAACAUCAAAUCCCAAUGUACAGCUACAGACGCAUUCCAGGAAUGGAUGCAAGCACACACCUCAAAACCCCAUCAUUGCACUGCUGCCACACUUUAAAGCCUGUUCUCCGACUACACAGAGCAUCCUGGGAUACUUCCUGUCUUACUGGGUGCUUGGCCUGGCCCUGCAUUGUAAUUUCUUGCCAUGGACAUGACUUAAGACAUUACUCUGAGCUUUAAAUGCAAUAUUUCCAUGUAGGACUGGGCUAUAUACCUUACUUUAAAACAUAUUAACACAAGUGUUUUACAGUACAUCAUCAGUAUUCAAUUUUUGCAACACUUUGUCAAUGUUACAUUUAUUAAAAAGAUAAAAUCAUUUACUUUUAUUUGGGUGAAUAAAUCCAAUGCAAAGGGAAAACACAAUUAUAUGGCCCAGUCCUACAUACAAGUUACAGACAUGGUUACAUUUUUUAUGCUGGUUUAUUCAUGCAAUAGUAAUUAGUCAACAAAUUUGAUUUGAGCAUCUCUGUUAAAUGUGUUUAUAACAGUUUGAGAACAAACUCAAAUGUACAAUAUUCCUGAAACUGUAUCGAACACUGUUCAGUUGUAAAUAUUGGAAAGACUAUGGUUCUACUUGAAAAGGAAAUAUUUUUAUUUCUUGCUGCGGUUUUGCUGAAGCAAAACAUUUGAUUUUCUCCUUAAUUUAAUAUUGCACUGCAUGUUUGGAAGGGUUAUUCCAAGUUAUAGUUUGGGAUUUUUUUUGAAUGUGAAUGAAAAAAAAUAAAGCUUUUGUUGCUGUUAAAGGAUCCUCAGUCUAGUUUCAUGUAAAGGAAAUCCUUUUACUUGAGGCAUUUAAUGUAAAACUGCUGUAUUGUGUUUCGAUGUAAAUAACUUUGGCUGCUGAAGUUGCACUGGCAAGUUUAGCCUUGAAUUUAAUAUUAAAGUAAAUGUGAUAAAGCUAAACAACAUAUGUGUAUGUAUGGAAA